CAUUAAACGUUUUACCGCACAGCUCGACGUAGACACGACGAUCCGGCGAGUCCGAGCCCGAGUUCCCGCUACCAGGCUACCAACAACAACAAUAACAACAAUAAUAAUAGACAGCGCAACGCAGAGUCGUCUCAACAACAACAAAAAUAUAUAACAACAACCAUAACUACUACAAAAAUAAAACCCAACUCAAUCAACAUGAAAUUCUUAGUCACCAUUGCGGCUCUGUGCCUGUGCCUGGCUUUUGCUGCCGGCCAACAAUACUUUCUAGGACAAUUCCCCGGCCGUUCCCGCUUCGCCUAUGAUCCCCUUGCGCUGGCUCAACCCUCGGCGGCUCAGGUGCGCGAUCCGCGACAGAACAGAGGUCCCGUUGUGUUCCCCCCCUCGCCGCCAGAUGCAAUUGAGGAGUCGAGCGGUGUUGUUGUUGGCGCCUCUGGUUUCGGUUUUGUGCCACCGCAACAAAGCACAAUCUUUGGUUAAAUGCACACACAAGCGCACACACACACACACACAUACACGCGCAUACACACACACGCACACACACAGCCCACAUAAAACCCACAUAUGCAAUGCCAAACUGCACCGGAAACGGAAAUGCGCGUCACAGUUAAUUGCAAUUUGAGUGCUUGCAGCACUCAAUCAACCACAAUCCAAGCACUUGAAUCCCCAACCCGCAAUCCCAACAAUUCCUAUUCAAACCACCCAACAAUCCAACAACCCAACACACCAUACACACUCCCACACACACACGCACAUGCUAACAUUACAAAAAUAAUAAUAUUAAUAAUAAUAAAUAUAUUAGUUGUUUAUUAGGUAUUAUGUAUUUAAUUUAAUUAUCUAUUUGCAAAACACCAAUUACACUUUAUUUUUGCUUCUUUUA